AACCACUCAGGGGCAGACGGGCACUGGAGCAAAAUAUUCAUCCCCACUUAACAUGUCAAUCAGGAUUAAUGCCCACACAAACCUCCCCUUUAGGUUCACUCAGGUCCUCUCACUAGUGGAAGUAGCGAAGCCAGGGCAGAGGCGGUGAUAUAUAAGGCAGAACAGGACAGGACAGCAACACAACACUAAAGCCCAGCGUUUUCUGUAGCGCACGCAGCACGCGGCGUCGCCUGGACUUGUGUUUUCGCGUCUCUCGCAGCGCUUGACAGGCGUAAUGACUGAUCAUUUCGAGAGCGUGAUGCAUGUCGACUGUCAUGUCAGAGCUCCUUGAAGUCACACACUUUUUAACAGUUUUUUCACCAGUGGAUUACUCAUGCAACAGUUUCUGAGGCUGCACAUGAGAUUGUUUGCAUGCGGAUAAACUUGCUCACAAGUUCCUGGAGGAUAUCAGUCGUGCGCGUAAACUUGCAGCGUAAACAUUAUCGGUGAGCACUCCUCGAGAUGGAUUUGAAGAGCGCGUGUCGUAUGUGUCUCUUCCCGGUGCAAAUGCUCUAUUAUAUAGUCAGAGCAAGUUUGUUUUCGCUAUUGCCAAGCAGAAGGAAGGACCUGACCAAGGAGGUGGUAUUGAUCACCGGCGGGGGACGAGGCAUCGGGCGUCACCUGGCCAAAGAAUUCGCCAAGCAGGGGGCCAGAAAGGUGAUCUUGUGGGGCCGAACGGAAAAGUGCCUUAAAGAAACAGCAGAGGAGAUCUCUCUUUCAGGAACAGAGUGCCAUUACUUUCUGUGUGAUGUGGCCAAUCGGGAGGAAGUUUACAAGCAAGCCAAGGUGGUUAGAGAAAAGGUGGGAGAUGUUACGAUAUUGGUGAACAACGCAGCUGUAGUUCAUGGCAAAAGUCUGAUGGACAGCGAUGACGAUGCCCUCCUGAAAUCCCAACACAUCAACACCAUGGGACAGUUCUGGACUACAAAGGCCUUCCUGCCUCGGAUGUUGGAGCUGCAGCACGGCCACGUUGUGUGCAUAAACUCCAUCCUGUCCCAGUCUCCCAUCCCUGGGGCCAUAGACUACUGCACGUCCAAGGCCUCGUCGCUGGCUUUCAUGGAGAGUCUGACGCUGGGCCUGCUGGACUGUCCUGGUGUUGGCUGCACCACUGUGCUGCCCUUCCACACCAACACAGAGAUGUUUCAGGGCAUGAGAGUCAGGUUUCCGCAGCUGUUUCCACCUCUCAAACCGGAGGUGGUUGCUCAGAGGACUGUGGAUGCAGUCAGAGCUGACAAGGCCUUCCUCUACCUGCCCUGGACUAUGCAUGCCCUUGUCAUUUUAAAAAGCUUCAUGCCACAAGUUGCACUUGAAGAAAUCCACAAGUUUUCUGGGAGUUAUACCUGCAUGAACACGUUCAAAGGGAGGACAUGAACUGGGAUUGCACACAAUGUCAGAGAGACCUCAACAGCUCUGGGGUGAAAUGAAGGGAAUAUGGACCUUAAGGCAUCUGAAAGUGGACGAGGCCCCGUGAUAGUGUGAAGAGAAAUACUUAGGGGACAUGCAAGGUGGUGGCCCCUGCGGGUAGAGUUAAUUGGUAAACUGCAGGCCACAACCUGGUCCCAUCUGUAUGUGUGUGCCUAUGUGUAUAGUUUGAAGGACUGAAUGCCAUUCUCACUUUGAACAGAAGCCAUGCAUAGAUCUGUACCAGUAGUUAUUCUGGGAGUUUUUAUUUUGUGACACUUGUUUUAGCCUGUUUUUUUCACUUCUUU